UGCUUCAUCUGACUCUAUUUAAUCUUCAUACAUUGUUCUCAGUUGAAUUAUGGUUUGCUUAACACUCAUCUACUUCAAAAUAGUCCAGAUCCAGAUGAAAUUUCAAACUUCCUUAUGUCUGUUCUUUUGUUGCUUUUGGUUUUGUGUAGAUGGGACUCAGUUGAUACUAGUAAACAACUGCAGAGAGAGCAUAUGGCCUGGUAUUCUUGGUAGUUCAGGUCAUUCAUCUGUGGGUGGUGGCGGUUUCCAUCUCAACUUUGGUGAGGAAGUAGUUCUCAACGUACCGGAUAGGUGGUCAGGAAGGAUAUGGGGAAGGCAAGGCUGCUCUUUCAAUAGAAUUGGCGAGGGUACCUGCAAUACUGGCGACUGUGCAGGUUUAUUACAGUGCAAGGGUGCAUCAGGGAUGCCACCAGCUACUGUGGUAGAAAUGACACUCGGAACCUCUAACUCUCCUUUACAUUACUAUGACGUGAGCCUAGUUGACGGCUUCAAUCUUCCUGUAUCGAUGGUGCCUGUGGGAGGUGGAGCUGGGUGUGGAGUUGCAGGAUGUGAGUUGGACUUGAACCUGUGUUGCCCAUCUGCAUUAGAGGUAAAACGAGGAGGUAAGGUGGUUGGAUGUAAGAGUGCUUGUUUAGCCAUGAAAUCAGCCAAGUAUUGCUGCACAGGAGAUUACGCCAAUCCUAAAGAUUGCAAACCAACACUCUUUGCCCACCUUUUCAAGGCCAUCUGCCCGAGAGCAUACAGCUUUGCCUAUGAUGAUUCUUCAAGUCUUCACAAAUGUAGGGCACCUCGGUAUGUCAUCACCUUCUGCCCUCCCUCAUGAAGAAGCAUCAGAUCAUCAAGAUCAGCCAGUAUGGGGUUCUUGUAGUUCUGAAGCAAAUGCCACGAGUACCAUCAGUUAUGGAUCUUUGAAUUUUGCAUCUCAGUAGCUUCUGUCAGUCAUUUAACAUGUAUUGUUCUUGUUUGAGGUCUACUCUGUCCAUGUAAAUAUUCACUGGCUGUUCUGGUUUUGGACGUCACUUCUGAGUAUCUAUAUCUGAAGGCUGUUGCUGGGUACCUAACAGUCUCCAGGGACCACCUGUUGCACCAA